AAGCAGCCAUUCGUCUCCAUACAGCAAGCCGAACCCCCGCCGGUGAGGUGAACAUGUCAGACAAAAAGCAAACCGUCGACCUCGGUCUACUGGAGGAGGAUGAUGAGUUUGAGGAAUUCCCAGCUGAGGAUUGGACAGGGCUGGACGAGGAUGAAGAUGCUCAUGUUUGGGAAGACAACUGGGACGACGACAACGUCGAGGAUGAUUUCUCCAACCAGUUAAGAGCGGAGCUGGAAAAGCAUGGUUACAAGAUGGAGACGUCGUAGUGGGAGACAAGAUCCAUGUGGAUAAUAUGGACAUUUUUGUGAAUAUUGCAGGCUGACCACAAAGAGAGAGAAGGAGAGGUUUCUUAUUGUGUUCAUUUGUUUCAUUUUGUAAGAAUUGUUGACAGAAUUAAAAUGUUUGGAGAAAACGA